CUGUCAGCAGGUACACCACACGUCCGCACAUUGCCCGCUCUGUUGUUUAUUUACAUUUUCCGUGCGGAGCAGGUUCAUCUGGGAAUAAUGUCCUGCUUCGUGAAGCGUCGCGGAGCAGUCACAAUCAAAGGGACUCGGGCCUCGCUGCAUAGUGGACAACCAAUUCUCUCCUCUGGCAAUCCGUCGUUGGAUCACAUUUUCGGAGGUGGUUUUCCCAUCGGCUCGGUCAUUGCGAUCGAGGAAGAUAAAUACGUAAACUAUUCACGAGUCCUCACUAAAUACUUCCUAGCCGAGGGGUUAGUCAACGGGCAUUACACUGUUGUCGCAAGCUUGGAAGAAGAUCCUGUCCAACUGAUGAAAAAGCUUCCCACUCCGGUGGAAGACAUCGAAUCGAUGCCAUCUGCAAAGAACCAAACACCGGAAGACAUGCGCAUUGCGUUCCGCUACAACAAUCUAUCCGUGGUGGAUUUGGAGCAAAAACCCAGCACCCAGCAGCUCGGUCACUUUUUCGAUCUUUCCAAACAGAUUGACCAAUCCGAACUGGCCAAGCACGAUAUCCUCUACUGGGAUGGUUCACAAAAUCUUGCGCAAAGCUCAAAACUAUUCACAAACCGCCACUAUCAAUCGCUACUGGAUGCGAUCCAUCUCAAAUCCAGCGAACCUAGAUUCAGUCCCACCAGCACCGAUGUCAAAGAAAAGAACCUUCUUCGAAUUUGCAUCAACUCCCUAGGCUCUCCUCUCUGGUACGACCAGAACUUCUUCCCGGAUGCCAUUAAAUUUCUCACCAUCCUGAAAUCAAUCGUUCGAAACACGCUUUCCUGUUGCCUUAUCACCCUUCCCGCUCACCUGUUCCGCCAUCUUGAAAACAGCCAACAGUACGCACGUCUGAUCGACCAAACCGACUACUGCGUCGCACUGGAAUCCUUCGCCGGUUCGGAUAAGGAAACGAAUCCCGCCUUCAAAGAGUACCACGGGCUAUUGGAUAUUGUUAAGCUGUCCGCGCUGAACUCACUGGCAGCGUUCACACCGGAGACACGGGAUCUCGCUUUUAAACUGCGCCGACGAAAGUUUGUCAUCGAGAAGUUGCAUCUGCCACCGGAACUGGGCGAUGAUAGCAGCGAUGCACGAGGACUGAAGGCGGCACAAACGAUGAGCUGUUCCGGGGGAGGUGGGAACAGUAAGUUGGAUUUUUGAUCGGUUGGGUAUUAUGAUGGUAAUAAAGUGAUAUGUUUG